AUGACCAGGAGCGGACGUCUGCGGAUGAGAAGAUGUAGUCCAACACCAGCUUUGACUAUCUUCGUCGCUUACGCUCCAACAUCAAGCUAUGAAGAGGAAGAAGUUGAAGCUUUCUAUAUGGAUCUAGAGAGGAGCGCGCCCGAGGAACUCCACAUCAAACCCACGCCCUACAAUGGAAUGAGCAGAAGGGGAGAUUUUCCAAGUUCAUCAUGGCGACUAAGGCCACCUAGGGGAGCUCGCAAUUUCAAAGGCCGUCUUCUCUACGCUGGACGUGUGAGUCACCCGGUCGAGGAGGCUCUCCCGUCCAAAGUACGACAUGCUAUCAUGCCGGUAACAAAUCGUACGGCACUCGGUCCCGACAGAAUAAGACCAGAACACCUGAAGAACCUUCCGCCAGUACUCAUCAACACCCUGGCGAGGCUCUUUACACGUUACCUUUCGGAAUGCAAGGAAGCAGGGUUUCGAAAAGGAUUCAGCACGAUUGACUACAAUCACACUGCUUCGAAACUCAUCGAGGUAUCACGAGAGUACAAGAUGCCGCUCUGUAUCACCUUCAUCGACUUGAAAAAGGCCUUCGACUCAGUUGAGACGGAAGCGGUCAUGGAAGCCUUGGACCAAGGCGUCCCUACUCAGUACACAAAGGUACUUCGAGAGUUGUACAGUAACUUCACGGAUUUAGCCACUCUACGAGAAUAUCCUCACUGA